AUGGAGGCGGAUGCCAGCAGCGUCGCAAGCCGUAUGAAUGCCUUGCUGCAGCGGGAGCAACAAGUCACACAGCAACUGAAAGCUUGCAGCGCAUAUGUCACUGCACAUAGUUUGGCCGACUGCGAGCCGUUUCCUGUGGAUGAGCAUGGGGCGCUGCAGUGCCAGGACAUGGGUGCCAUUGCUGAACUACAUGCCAAGAUUGACCGUUUUUGUCAGUAUGAUGAUCACUGCAGUGGUGGACGAGCGCAGAUGCUGUGGCCGAAGUACCUGUGUACUGCAUUUCCAUGGAUGCAAGGCUGGUGUUUGAAAGAUAUGCUGACAGCUCUUUGCGUUCGCACAUGGAGCAAUAGAGAACGUGGAGUUGCACGUCUCCAAUUCAUUGAGUAUUUCUGCGGCACUGCCAAUCUUUCUCGUGCUGCAAUUGAGAAGGGGUAUGUUGGCGUUGCUCUGGACUACUUGCUGAACAGCGACCAUGACGUGCUUCAAGCAGCAGGGCUUCGCCUGUGGCUUCUUGCAAUGGCGUCGGCAAAACCAGGAGCACUUUGCUGGCUAGGGCUUCCUUGCUCCAGUUUUGUGAUUCUUUGCAGAUCUGUUAGCUUGCGAAGCAUUGACAACAGUUGGCUGGGCAAUGAGUCUGCAAGGUUUGUGCUGGAAGGCAAUGUCUUGGCUGAUCUGUCAGCACUGCUUCUGCUGCUAGCAGUGUUGCUUGACCUUCAUGACGGUUUGGAACAACCGUUGAAUUCUGUGGCGCCUGAAUCAGGCUCCCUGGCUGCAGUUCUGCAAUUUAUAGGAUCUCAGAAGAACGUGACCUACCACUUUUGUUUUGGAGGUCCCACUUUGAAACCUCUGCAGCUAUGGUCCAGGCAGCCUUGGAUGACCCUGAUGCAACGCAACAAGCCGUAUGUUCGCAAGUCGGAAUUCCAGUUGGCUGAGCGAGGGGAGGACGGAUCAUUCACAGGUGUGAAAGAGCUGCUUGUGGAAUCCCAACAGUACAGCAUACAGUUUGGGCGCCAUGUGAUUCAAUCGUGGCAAGCUGCACAGGCAAUUCAUUAG